AUGGACACUGGUGCGCCGCCUCUCUCAGCCGAAAUGCCACCCCGGUCGCCCACGAGUGACAAGCAAAGCUUGCAAAGUAAAACUACGAUAGAAAAGGCCCCGCAACUUCAGCACAGCGUGGAAACAAUAUUCACAUUUUUAAUGAAGCACGAGUCUACAAGUCAAAAUCAAGAACAAAGCAACCAAGCUGAAUUUGCCGAUGACGAGAAUUGCGAAGUUAAUAGUGAACGAUUGAUUGAGCUUAGACGUGGUAGGGUCGAUGUGGGCUCUGAAGAAUCAAUUUAUGGAACCGACGAGCCGACUGAGUCAAAAAUGAAGAACAUUGUGAGAGGUGGACAACAAGGAAAAAGCGGAGACUUAGCGAAUAAUUUGAAAGCAACUGAUAGUUUUGUGAGUGCUGCUGAGAACUGGACUGGAGCAAAGAGUGACAAUGAUGUAACAGUUGCGCAGGACCAAGGCAUGAAAAUGAAAAAGCGAAAGGCGUUUUGUGGUAGAUUAAGGAUCGCACAGGCGGUGGGAGUAGGGGCUGUAAUUGUUACGGUGGGUAGUGGAAUAGCAAUUUGUCAAGCGUAUCCAGCGUCUCCUGCUGCAAUUUGGAUCCAAGAUGAUGUUAAGCAGCUACGUUUACUGUCCACUAAAUUUCUGUAUGAAAUGCGCUUGCUUUUAAGAUCUCUGAACGAAGAUAUUCAAAUGGUAUGGCAUUCUCUGCUAAAAAAUAAACAAUUGCGACUUGCGGCUCAAGCACUCACUUUUAUGGUGAAGAAAAAGCUCAAAUUACAGCUGACAGCGGUUUCAAAGCUGAUUAACGAUUUAUUGUUCCCGUUUCCACCAGCAGUUUCAUAUCUGAUGGAUACGCUUAACUUGUCGCUGAUGUGGGUACACUCACUUGUGCCUAUUAUCUCCGAAUCGAUAGAGCUCAGUUUAAGUGGAGAAGAUGGUGUGCUCAAUCGAAUGCAAUCUCUCGCCUUGAAAACUCUCCUGACUCUUGCUGAAAUGGUAAAGCAAGCAGGAGAGAGAAUGGAAUCUAGUCUGGAGCAUGCACUAUUGUGGACUGGAUUGAUGUUCAAUUUGAGUGAUGGGAUUUUACUAGAGGAUAAAUUUUUGGCACUGCUGGAGGCAAAUGAAGUGAAGAUUGAGAGUAUUAAAAAAGAGUUAUUUUCACACGAGUAUCAGGCAUUACAAGAUGUAAAGCGUUUCGAGAAACGACGAGUUGCAAUUGCUGAUAGUACUAACGCGAUCCUAGCUAACACUCGGAAAUUUGCACUCGAGAGUGUUGGUAAUAUGAAAAUGGCGGCUUUUGAAGCAGUUGAGUUUCGUUUAAAGCAAUUAAAAGAUCAGUAUACUCGAUCGUUUGAUCAAACACUUCAGUACUACGAGCGAACCGCUAAUCAAAUCAAAAGUGAGGGCGGGGCUGCGAUGCUGGCUGAGUUAACGAUAAAAAAUCAACCAUAUGUUGAUGCAGCAGUGCAAGCAACCACGCGAAACAAUUGUUAUAGUGAGGACAGACUGCAAAGGAAAGUUUGCGGUACUCGAGACGGUGAAAGUUGCGGGACUGAUUAUCAAUGUGGUAUGGCUGAACGUGAAGAAUCUAUAUCUGAAGAUAUCUUUGGUUCUUGUGAAUUGCUUAAACAAAACAAAAAGGUGUCUUCUACAAGUCUCGCGGGCAGCAAAGAGGCUCAGAAUGUCAUCGAUCAUAUUACUGGAAAUCUUUUGAAUGUUGAUAUUGCAGCAAAGCACAACUCCUUUGAAGAAGGUGUACAAAUAGAUAAGGUGCAGACACAGGUUUUGAAGGUAGAGUCCAGUGCUUCGAAGGACGCGCCAGUGAACGAUUGCAGUAAGGGUCACGUGCCUCUUACCACGGAAGUGUUGACAUCAGAGCUGACAUCCUCGAACAUGAAUGGGAUAGCCAGUGAGAAAAAAGACACGCAAACGGAAACUGUAGUGGAAUCACACAGCGCUGCGCUGAUGGUGAAGCAUUUGCAAGAAGACAUCUUGGAUUUUACGGAUAUUUAUAAAAGCUUGGAUGAAAGUGAGAGAAUUUUGCAGGAAGAUCUUGAUAUAUCAAUAGUCGACAACACAGUUGGCCACAUCGACGAUGCGGAUACCGGUGAAGGUAAGAUUGACAAAGCGGAAGUGAUUAAGACGCUAUAUGAUGCGCGAGCUCAUGUUCUAGAUUCUUUUGAGUUGAAGAAAAAAAGUGUCAACGAAGAGCAAAAAAAAUCUGUGACUGAGCUGGUGUUUGCAGAACAACAUGCUCAGGUGCAUAGAACAACUUCAAAUGCAGACGACACAGUGAACCAAUAUGAAGAGAUGAAUGUUAAGAUUGCGCUGAAGGUGACUACGGGCAAGACUGAGGCAGAAUCUGAACGUAUUCAGGACAACGGAGUGGUUUAUGUACACAGUCAUGAUCAUACAGCAGUCGAUAGAGACACAUCGAUCAUUGACAGUCAUUUAGCGAAUGAAGCACAGCGAGAUGCCGUGCAUUUACUACAAGACGCUCCUGUAGCCAUUUAUAGUGAGCGGGAGACUUCAAAACUGGACGUUGCAACAGUGGCAACAGAUCUUUCUGAGCUAAAGCAACUUGGACAGAUUUUGUUGAAAAAAGAAGACGAACGUGCUCGGAUCGAAAAAGAGCUGCGUACAAUUGCUGUGAACGAACAGAUUUGGCUGGAAAGCACGCAGGCAAUUGCACUAUCUCAACAAGAGUCGGUGUUUGAUCAAGGCAAAAUCGCGGGAAUCAACGUGCCAGAGACUCUGGAUGCGAUUGCUUCUCCUUUAUCAACGUCUGCGUUACCUUGGUCAGAUUUUGCCCAGAUCAGUUUGCUUUCAAUCAUGUUUUUCUGUCUGGCAGCGCUAGCAGGUUAUUUUUUGAAGAUUUACCGAAAAAAUCGACUUCUCGGCCGAGUAUCACGCCGACGCAUGCGGUGGCAAUCACCACCCAACCUGAAGGAAGCAGAAGAAGUUGUUUUGUUGUCUGAUGAUGACUUGUGUGAUCAAGACGACAGCAUUUCACCUGCGCACAUUUUUGAUAAAGCAUCGACUGCUGAAGUGAAGGCAACAACAACCGUCAUUUCUUUGCACAAUGAAGAUAAUGAAGUGCAAACGGUUGAAACUCAUGAUGUUGUCGACGAAAGCGGAGAGCAUACGAAUGAGAAAUUGGAACUUAAACUUAUGGAUUUGGAAACGGUUGUUGAGCGCACGACCGCGACGUACAUGACGGACAGUAUAGCCACACCAAGUUCGGAUGCAUCAAGCGAUGUAUCUACACCAAGCAUUUCUCAGCGCACUCGUCAGCGCCGCCGCCAGAUUCGCAUGUAG